CACACAGUCAGGUGUUGGCCCAUAGUGUGUCUGUGGGCCGCAGUGUCAGUUUGAGUUGACAUGCAAACACCAGGCAGAGAUUUUACCCAUCAGAGUGAUCACAGCUUCUCAGUAGACAUGGUGGACACCCAACAACUCCUAGCUUGGCCUGUUGGUUUCAGCCUGAGUACAGUGGAUCUCCCAGAGCUGGACGACAGCACCCAUUCCCUCGACAUGAAGCAUUUGGCCACGUUAGACUACGCCUCCAUUUCCUCCUCGUCCAUCCCUUCCUCUCUGUCUCCUCCGUCGCUUAUGUCCUCCAUGUCCUCCGCUGCUUUGUCCUAUGACCUCAGUCCACCGCAGAAUGAAGAGCACCUGACGAACAUGGACUACAUAAACAUGCACAGCUACAGGACAGAGCUGGACACACACAAUUCAAUCAAGCUGGAACCAGAGUCACCUCCACAGUACUCUGACAGUCCUGUGUUCUCCAAGCUCCAGGACGAUACGACAUCGCCAUCGCUAAACAUCGAGUGCCGUGUAUGUGGAGACAAAGCCUCAGGGUUUCACUAUGGCGUCCAUGCCUGUGAGGGCUGUAAGGGUUUCUUCAGACGCACAAUCAGGUUAAAGUUGGUGUACGAUCACUGCGACCUUCACUGUCGAAUUCACAAAAAGUCCCGCAACAAAUGCCAAUACUGUCGUUUCCAGAAGUGCCUUAACGUCGGCAUGUCACACAACGCCAUUCGUUUUGGCCGCAUGCCCCAGGCGGAGAAGGAAAAACUGCUGGCCGAGUUCUCUCCGACAUGGAGCACAUGCACCCGGAGGCAGGCAGAUCUGAGGUCUCUGGCGCGGCAUCUGUACGAGGCCUAUCUGAAAAACUUCUACCUCACCAAGGCCAAGGCCAGGGCCAUCCUCUCUGGGAAGACCGGAGACAACGUGCCUUUUGUCAUCCAUGACAUGAAGUCUCUAGUUGAAGGCGAGCAGUUCAUCAACUGCAGCCAGUUACCCAUGCAGGAGCAGCAGCUGCAUACCCCGACCACUAUGGACGGACACGGAGCCCUCCAAGUUUACCACCAGCACGCCUCUCACCCAAUGACAGGGAUGUCAGCAGUUCACUCAGGUUCAGAUUGCGGUGUUUUGGGAAUGACGGGCAUCAGCGAACAGGGACCAUCGGACGCCGUGGAGCUCCGAUUCUUUAACAGGUGUCAGUCACGCUCAGCAGAAGCAGUGAGAGAAGUGGACAGAGUUUUGCCAGAGUACCCAGGAUUUGUCAAUCUGGAUCUCAAUGAUCAGGUAACUUUGCUGAAGUACGGCGUGAUUGAGGUGUUGAUCAUCACUAUGGCGCCUUCUGAUGAACAAAGACGGGACCCUGAUUCCUACGGACAGAUUUUUAUGACUCGAGAGUUCCUCAAGAGUCUCAGGAACCUUUCUGUCAAAUGAUGGAGCCAAAGUUGAGUUCUCUGUCAAGUUCAACAUGCUGGAGCUGGACGACAGCGACAUGGCACUGUUUCUGGCUGUUAUCAUCCUCAGUGGAGUGAGUGCAGAUCGCGUU